AUGACGCGCGUGCCGCAGUGCUUGCGCCGCUUCUCGACGCGCGUGCGGCGCGGCGAUACGGUAACGCUCGCCAUGUCUGGCGGAGUGGACUCGAGCGUUGCAGCUGCGCUUCUUGCGCGCGAAGAUGUGGAUUUGCGCGCGGUAUACAUGCGAAAUUGGUCAUCGCUCGACGAAAGCGGCGCGAUGCAGCCUGGGAGCGGCGGCGCUAUGGGCUGUGCGUGGCAAGAAGAGUGGAACGAUGUGCAGAAUGUGUGCAAGCAUCUUGGAAACAUUCCUGUUGAACUGGUAGAUCUUUCGCGCGAGUACUGGCACGACGUAUUUGCGCCGGCGCUCGCGCAAUGGUCCGACGGCGCGACGCCGAAUCCUGACGUCGCAUGCAAUCGCUCGAUCAAGUUUGGCACGCUAAUGGAACGCAUGCGCAUAGGACCGAAUGCGUGGCUCGCUACCGGGCACUACGCAAGGAUUGCAUGGCGCGCAGACGCUGAAAUGCACUCCUCGGCGUAUAUCCGGCGCGCUUUGGACGCCUCCAAGGACCAGUCGUACUACCUCUCCUCCGUGCCUUCGGAACGCGUGGCACAGAGCAUCUUUCCGCUAGGCGACUUGACCAAAGCACACGUCCGUAACAUGGCACGUGCUUUUGCCCUGCCGACGGCGGAGAGGCGCGAAAGUAUGGGGCUUUGCUUUGUAGGAGAGCGUGGGAAGAGCACGCAUGGUUUUGCGCGUUUUCUCGGUGGGUACGUCGAGGGUACAGCUGGCCCGUUGCUCGACGAACAUGGCGAUUACAUUGGCAAGCACGAUGGACUGCACACAUUUACUAUUGGGCAGCGGGCGCGUGUGAGUGGAUGCAAGGAGCGAUACUUUGUCGCGCGCAAGCACCUUGACACAAAUGCGAUUACCGUCGUCCCACGUGCGACGCACCCCAUGCUGCAGUGUAGUGCACUGGAGACGGAGCCGUUUGUAUGGGCGGCGUCCGCACCGAGCCUCCCGUGCGCUUUGCAGGCGCAGGUACGGUACAGGCAGGCUGCGGAAACGUGUAAGGUAUACGCUGCAGGGCACGGUGUGCGUGUUGAGUUUGCUACGCCCGUGCUUGCAGUUGCGCCUGGACAAGUCGUCGCAUUGUACGACGGCGAUCUGUGUUUGGGCAGCGGAGUGAUUGGGCGUGUAGAUACGUUGGCGUAG